AUGAUAAUACGAUAUCUUAGGUACUUUAAAAAUCUAAUGAUGACAACACCCAAGAAAAAUAUAGUUACGAUAGUCGGAACUACCGGAGUUGGUAAAUCACAAUUUAGUAUUGAACUUGCCAAGGCAAUUAAUGGUGAAAUAAUAAAUGCAGAUUCGAUGCAAGUAUAUAAAAGGCUUGACAUAAUAACGAAUAAACACCCAGUUGAAGAAAGAGAAGGUAUAACUCAUCAUGUUAUGGACCAUGUUAAUUGGAACGAAGAAUACUUUAUUCAUCGAUUUUCGAAAGAGGCCAAUAAUGCUAUUGAAGAUAUACAUAAUAGAGGUAAAAUACCAAUAAUUAUUGGUGGAACACAUUAUUACUUACAGAACUUGUUAUUUAAGAAUAAGACCGUGGGUGAAAGCUCUAGUAGUUCAAAGUUAACAAAAGAAUUGACUAACGAAGACAUUGAACUUCUUGAUGGUCCUGUGAAUGAAAUAUUCAAUAAACUACAGCAAAUUGACCCCAUAAUAGCUGAAAAGUUUCAUCCUGAAGAUAAGAGAAAAUUGAGAAGAGCUCUAGAAAUAUAUAUAACAACAGGACAGAAGCCAUCUGAAAUUUACCAUGAACAGAAAUUGGACGAAUUAGAAGACACUUCGUUGAAAUAUAACACUCUACUUUUCUGGGUAUAUUCUGAUCCGGAUAUUCUAAAAGAUAGAUUGGAUAAACGAGUUGACAGGAUGAUGGAAAUUGGAGCACUAAAUGAAAUAAACGAAUUAUAUGGCGUUUAUAAGUCUCAAGUACAAGUACCCGAUUGCACUACUGGAAUAUGGCAAGUUAUAGGUUUUAAGGAGUUUUUGCCCUGGUUGGAAUUCGCCGGGAGUCUGAAUAAACAGGAAGCCUCUCGAUUGUUCAAUGAGGGAAUUGACAGAAUGAAAAUCAGAACAAGACAAUAUGCGAAAUAUCAAGUUAAAUGGAUAAAGAAACUAUUGGCGGUUGAGCUUAACAAGGAAACUAGAUUUAAUUUUAAAUAUGGAGGAAAGUUGUAUUUAUUAGACGCAACGGACUUAGGGUCCUGGGAUGAGAAAGUUCGAGAAGUCGGUUUAAAUAUUGCAAGUCAAUUCUUAACUACUGGACCUACUUCUGUCACGCAUCCAGAAGCUCCGGCACAUUUACAAGAUAUAUUCCCUAGUAAUAGCUUUCUUGACAACUUCAAUAGCAAUAAAAAGUUGGGUUCAGAAAAGAAUUGGAAACAUUACGAAUGCUCAGUGUGCAAAGAUAAGCAAGGAAAGAACUUAAUAGCUGUCGGAGAAGAAAGUUGGCAAAUCCAUUUGAAAAGUAGAAGGCAUAAACGACAAUUAGGAUCUGGAGAAAGGAAAAGAAAGCAUGAACAAAUGAUUAAUCAAUACAAACAGAAAACGCCAACUGAAGAAGAUAACCUGAGUAUUUAA